CACGUCUUGAUUCCAUCUAACCAAGGUAAUAUCGAUGGGCCCUCUGACAUUUUUACAUUGAAACCAUAGUAGGACUAAAAGAUCUUGCUGUUUACCUUAUUGUGGAGUUGCAAGCUCUGCCCGUUGCUUGAUUGCUCCUAUCCGUCGCUGGUCGCGGUACCCUUUGUAGCGAUCUUCUACGACUUGAACUCUCAACUGAGUCUGACAACUUUGACUUCAAACGCACCAUACCCUUCCUCAGGGCUGUCCUCAACCAUGAACCUGAUGAAGUUAUCUGGAACAAGGUCUACGACGCCGUUACUGAGUCUGCCCCCCCUCCCCGUCCUGCAUUAUCCUUCCCACAAACGCUAUGGCUACGCAACAUGAGCAGCUUCGCAAACUCGACUGAACACCGCAAAUACGUAGACGACGUGCUGAAGGAGGAGCUGGGGCCCAUGUACGUUGGGAUUCCUGGUUUCUUUGAAGCCUUCUUUAGCGAAAUCGCAGGCCUUGAGCUGGCAGUGCAGGCGGUAUUUAAAAGGUGCAAAGCAGGGAAUAAUCCGAUCUACUAGGAAGAGGGCGGCUGGCAGGGCUGGCCUGAAGAGGCGAAGGAAAGGGAUGUCCUGCGUUGGUUUGCAGAGCUUACG